AAGAUGCCAGCUGGGGUGUCCUGGCCUCGUUACCUGAAGAUGCUGGGGUCAAGCAUUCUAGCAAUGUUUGCAGGAGCAGAAGUAGUACACAGGUACUACAGACCAGAUUUGAGUAUACCAGAGAUUCCACCUAAACCAGGCGAGCUUAAAACAGAACUGCUGGGUCUGAAAAAGCAUGUGCAAACUCAUAAUUCUGAAAAACACUGAAGUGGAAUAGAAAAUUCAAGUUCUUCAUAAAGUAUAUGGGACAGCUAUGAUCCAACUUGCAUUUGUUUAAAUGUAGAUAACAUAUCUAUAUUUAAAAAUGUGGGCAUGAUUAACAUGUUAAGAUUCUUUACUGGGCUAUUAAACUGUUCAAAGGCUGGUGUUGCAUGAACCAUUUCUAUAAGGAUAAAAUAAACUAGUAUAAUUCUUGCACCACCAGUGCCUAACUGCAGAAAAGCAGAACUGUAACACCCAUAACUUUAAUUUUCCUUGCAUUGGAAGUAAAAAGGAAAUGCACUUAAUAUGCCAGAUCUGUUUGAAGGUCAAAUAUUUAUAAAGGACAAAAUGGUUUAUA